AUGUCCGAAGUUGUUGAACAGAGGGCUAGCAAUGGUGAUAAUGCUUCAGCCAAGACUAGUUCUUCCCAAAACACUAGAUUAAAGAAAUUGACCAGUGGGUCGGAAUGGGUGUCUCCAUUCAGAGAAUCUGGACAUUCGCAGAAGAACCUUCGUAAGCAAUUAAAGGAAGAUAACUCUAUUAAGAAUAUACAUGUUCCUAGCAAGUUUACGACACAUCCUACGUUAGAAGCCCAGAAGAAGGAGAAGAAGGAGAAGGAAAAGGCGGCCAAAUUGGAAAAGAAGAAGAAGGAAAAAGAAGCCAAGGAGAAGGAAGCAAAAGAAACGGCAGACAAGGAAGAUGAAGAAGAAACCAAGGGUGUGACUUUGAAAAACACUGAGGUCGACCCUUUGAAAGCUGUUACCUUGAAAGAUGACGAAGCUGAACCAAAGCUGUCGAAGGAUGCAUCUUUGCGUUCGUUGAAAGAUGAACCAAUUGACACACCUAAGGAGAGCGUGAUCGGAGGUAGCAAGAAUACCGAGGACCUUGAAUAUGGAGAAGAUGUUUAUGAAGAUGACGUCAAAGGUGACAAUGAAUCAGAAAGACCAUUGUCAGAAGCUGAGCAAGCUGAAAUUGAAGACCAAGCUGACGGAGAGGCUGAAAAAGAUAAGUCUGUGACUACUGGGGAAGCUUCUAAAGAAUCUGAAACUGCUGCUAAGGAUAAAGAGGUAAGUGGUUCUGAUAAUAUUGAGCAAGAGGUCAAGGAAACACCAAUUGAGCUUGUGACUCAACCAGGAUCCAAAUACGAACCUGUACCUUUACCUAAUCAAGAAAUCUUGGACAAAUUAAAGGAUAAGCCUAAAUUAUUAAGCCGUUACCAAGAAUUGAAUGCCGCUGCUGUUAGUUCUUUAUCCCGUAGUCUCGAUGACCCUAAUAAAGUUGUUGAGUUAGGAAGUGGUUUAAGGAUGACCCAACAGCAACUAUUAGAUAUUGCUGCUAAAAGGGUUGCCCCUGUUAUAACCAACAUCAAUGAGGAAGUCGCAAAGACCAGAGAUGAAGAUGAAAUUAAGAGAAAGAAGGAAUUGGAUUCUAAGGUUGCAAGCCAUGAGAAAAAGUUGCAAAAGGACUUUGAUAAACACAAGAAGAAGCUUGAAAAGCAAAAGUCCAAAUUCACUAUUGAUAUUGGUAAAAAAUUAGAAGAUUUAAAGACAAAGAUGAAGAAUUCUGAUUUAACUGCCGCAAACUUUGAGAAAGAAACAAGGAAGGAAGUUGAUACAGCCAAUGACGAUUUCAAAGAGCGUGAAACUACUGCGGUUGAGAAACAUGCCAAGGAUAAAGAUACCAUUAUUAAGAACCACGAAGAAUUGGAAGCAACCAAGAAACAGGAAUUAGAAGAUGCAAAGGAGAAGCAAGAAAAGACAACCGAAGAAAUUGAAGAAUUACAUGAUAAGAAAACUGAAUUAGAUAACGCUAACUCAGAGUUGUCUACCAGAAUUGAAGAGCUUACCGCCGAGUUAAAUGAAAAAACCAAAGAAUUAGAUGACUUGAAAUCUAAACAUGCCACAAAAGAGGAUGGUAUUUCUAAAAACUUAGCUAGCAAAGAAGAGCUUGAUAGCAAGAUUGCAACCACUAAAAAGGAAUUAGAAACUAAGAAAAAGCGUCAUGACAAAUUAUCCGCUGAAGUUGGUGUCCUUGGUGGUGUUUUGGCUGCGUACGCAGCUAAGUUAACUAAUUUAAAAUCUGAAGCUUCCUCCCAUGGCGAAAGGUUGACUGAUGCAAAGAAGAAAUAUAAAGACUGGGAAGCUGAAAAAGAUCAAUUGGCUACCGAAAUAGCCAGAGAACAUGAACGUAAAAGGGUUACUGCACAAGAAGAAGCUGAAACCAGACGUGUGGAAGAAGAAUUAGAAGAAAAGAGGUUACAAAAGGAAGCUGAAAGAAAAGAAGCUGAAGAAAGAGUAGCUGCUAAAGAGGAAGAAGAACGUAAAUUGCAAGAAUCACACGAGAAGGCUGAAGCUGAAAGAUUAGCUAAUGAUCCUGAACACCAAUUCAUGUUGGCUAAGCAGAAGAGAGAAUUAGAUGGCCAAAGAUUAGAAGAUGAAAGAGCUGAGAAAGAACGUGUUUAUAAUGAGCACAAGAAUAAGGAAGCAGACGAAGCUAAGAGAUUGCAAGAAGAAAUUGAAGAAUUAAAGCAACAAAAGGCUCGUCACGAAGCUUCGUCUAGAGAAGAAGCAGACAAGUUGGCAGAAGCUAAGUUGUUGCAAAUUGAACAGCUAAAGAAAGAACAUGAAGAAAGAGUAAGAUUGUUCAAAGAAAAGUUAGAAUUUGAAGAAUUACAAAAAUCUAGACUCUUGGAUGAAGUCGAUAAUUUGAACAAAAUUAAGCAAUUGAGGGAAGAGAAAGCUAGAUUAACCUCUGAAUUGAAUAAGGAGGUUGAUUUGAGUGACGUAAACAAACUAAUUGAAGAGCGUGAACUUGAAGUUUCUAGAUUAAGUAAACAGAUCGAAUUAGAUAACUCUGAUUUGAACAAUUUUAAGUCUGCUCAGAAAUCUGAACAACCAAAAUCUUUGGAACAAUCGAAGAACACCGCCGAGUCUGGAAAACCUUCCAAAGAUUUGCAUAAUGCUCCUAUCUUUGCGAAUAUUGGUGGCAGUUCGAAGAAUCAAAGCAUUGCCAAUAAAUCAGAACCCCUGAAAUCAGUAAAGGAUGACAGUACUUCUAACAACUCAUCUCUGAAAAAGUCUGGAGCUCUUGCGACCGGCAUUGCUUCUGUUGGUGUUGUUGGUGCUACAGGUGCCGGUACCGCUGCAGCUUUAAAUGCUAAACAUAAUUCCAGGGAUGUUUCAAAUCUGAAUGAAACUAAGAGUAGUGGAGGUGGUUUGAGUAAGCUCAAGAGUUUAACUAAAAGAAUCAGAGGUAGUUCUGUUUCUGAUGCAAACACUGAAGAACCAGCUGUUUCUAGUAAAGAGAAAAAAGCAAGCACAAGAAACGCAGCACCUGUGAAUAUUUCGAAGCAACCAGACGGGAAAUCGACUAAGACGAAGGCUGUUCCAUUGGCUGCACCAUCUCAAAAGACUGAUAAUUAUGCAGCAAGCCACUCAGAUGCCUCCUCGGCAUAUGAAACGUACUCGGUAUAUGAAGAAGUUUCGGAAGCCGAAUAUCAAAAGAAUUUGGGCAACCCAAACUAUAUGGAAAUGACUGCUGAAGAAUUUGAAAAGCAUAGAAAAGCGGAAGAUCUCUAG